UAGAGAGUUAUUGGACGUGCAAUAAAGGACAAGCAGUAUUUAAAUUAGCCUUAUUUUGACAUCUACGCAUGCGCAUUUGGGUCUGAAAAUAAGGAUUUCCUUAAUAAGGUUACUGCUUGUCUUUAUUUGUGUAUGGUUAGUGCGAGGCAGUAAACUUCCCUUAUUUCAAAUUUCUGACAUUUUCGACGACUUUGACGUUUCGCUUUUCGACGGUGACUUAAUUUUACUUGGAAAAUUUAUUUUUUACAGUAGUUUUCCAUUUUACUGUGGGUAGCAUCGAAAAAUGAGUAUCGGCAGAAAAUCACAAACAAAAUUAAACACUUUUUGAGGUUGAAAUUUAUAAACAUAGCUAUCAGCUGUCAAAAUUAUGAAUACAAAAUAAGAUGUAUUUUUAUGAACGCGCUCCGGUUCAAAAUCAAAACAAACAAAAACAUUUCCUAACCUAACUUUUCAAAAAAUCAAUAUUCUGUUGUUGCUUGUUUAAAUAGUCAUGAAUUAUAUAAAAUUGAAGCCAAAUUUAUCACUUUUCCUUGUUAUCAUAUCAGUAUUAGCUACGUACGCACAGUUGGACCCAAGAUUUGUUGAAAAUGUAAAAAGGGGCAAGCACACCAACAAUUGGGCUGUUCUAGUGGACACAAGCCGCUUCUGGUUUAACUACAGGCAUGUCGCCAACGUUCUCUCUAUCUAUAGGAGUGUUAAGCGAUUAGGAAUCCCAGACAGUCAAAUUAUUUUGAUGAUUGCCGACGACAUGGCUUGUAAUCCCAGGAAUCCUAGACCGGCUACUGUAUUUAAUAAUGCCAAUCAGCACAUUAAUGUUUAUGGUGAUGACGUUGAAGUUGACUAUAGAGGCUAUGAGGUCACAGUUGAAAAUUUUGUUCGUCUCAUAACAGGAAGACUUUUUCCUGGAACGCCGAGAUCCAAACAAUUAUUAACUGAUGCAGGAAGCAAUGUUCUCAUUUAUUUAACAGGUCACGGAGGUGAUGGCUUUUUAAAAUUCCAAGAUUCGGAGGAAAUAACCAGUCAAGAAAUGGCAGAUGCGUUAGAGCAAAUGUGGCAAAAACAACGUUACCAUGAAGUGUUCUUUAUGAUUGAUACAUGUCAAGCAGCCUCGAUGUAUGAAAGAUUCUAUUCACCAAAUAUUUUAGCAGUUGGAAGCUCUAUGGUUGGGGAAGAUUCACUCUCGCAUCAUGUAGACCCAGCUAUUGGGGUUUAUAUCAUUGAUAGAUAUACUUAUUAUGCAUUGGAGUUUUUAGAGACUGUUAGUCCAGAAAGUAACCGGUCUAUGGGUGAAUUUCUGAAAGUUUGUCCCAAAAGUGUCUGUAUUUCAACUGUGGGUGUCCGUAAGGACUUAUUUACAAGAGAUCCUGACACAGUACCUGUAACAGACUUUUUUGGCUCAGUUAGACCUAUAAAGCUGUUGGAAAAGGUUACAAUGAUGGAUAUAUCAGAAAUUGAACUACCAAAGGAAGUUGAAAAGGCCGUCGAUAAUGAACCAAAAAAGAGGUACUAUUAUACACGUCCAUUGCCCGACUUUGACUUACUUGUAGCGGAAACUAAAAAAUUGGAAACGGGAAUUGAUAAGGAAAGGGAAAAAGAAUAUGUCGGGUAUUGGUAUUAGAUUAGAAGUAUUUAUAAUUUUAAAAAACAAAAAAUGUGAUUUUACUGUGUAUGUGUGUGCAUUUGAUAUUGCCAUUGCCAAUUUCAAUAAACCAUUUUCUUAUAACAAUAAAGUUGGGGUUUUCAACUCUGCCAUUUUUUUCUGCUCCAUUUCAGAUGUUUC